GUGGGCUUUACAGGGUUAAACUUGAAAAGAAAAAAAAAGUUUCUGUUUCGUUUUGACUGGAGCUUGAAGUGUCGGUGCUGAACUUCACAUCAGUGAGUUUGACGUGUUUCCAUAUACAGGGAAGAUGUCAGACUCUGAGACGAGGAAGAGGAAGAGAUCUUCAUCUCCAGAUCCCAGCUGUGUGUCUCUGAAGAGUGAUGUAUCCAUGAAUCCUCCUCUUAAAUUCAGUGAUGGAGCAGUGACCUCUGACCCCAGAGAUGAUCAGACUGGAGACCAGGAUUCUCCUCAAGCAGUAGAUGAUGAACUCCAGAGAGUCAAAGAGCAGCUCAAAACCAGCAUGAAGAACAAGUAUGAGAGAUUAUUUGAGGGACUGAACCUCCAGGAGAAUGAAACCCUCCUGAACAGGAUCUACACACAGCUCUACAUCAUAGAGGGAGAGAGUGAAGGAGUGAAUGAACAACAUGAGGUUUUCCAGAUGGAGAAAACAGCCAGAACACAACACUCACAAGACACUCCAAUCUACUGCAAUGACAUCUUUAAAGCCUCACCUGAACCAGGACGUGAGGAGAAACACCAGAUCAAGACUGUUCUUACUAAAGGCAUCGCUGGAAUCGGGAAAACCGUCUCUGUGCAGAAGUUCAUUCUGGACUGGGCCGAGGGAAAAGACAAUCAGGAUGUAGAUUUCAUGUUUGUGCUUCCAUUUCGAGAGCUGAACUUGAUCCGAGAUCAUCAGUACAGUCUUCACAGACUUCUGCUGGACUUUCAUCCUGAACUUCAAGAUCUGGACUCAAAGAUUUAUGAGGAGUGUAAAGUUGUGUUCAUCUUUGAUGGUCUGGAUGAAAGCAGAAUCACACUGAUGUUUCCAGAUGCUCAGACAGUUUCUGAUGUGACUGAGACUUCAUCAGUGGGUGUGUUGAUGUCAAAUCUCAUGACAGGAGAUCUGCUUCAUUCUGCUCUCAUCUGGAUCACCUCCAGACCAGCAGCAGCCAAUCAGAUCCCCUCCAAAUACAUCAACCGUCUGACAGAGAUUCAGGGAUUCAAUGAGCCUCAGAAGGAGGAAUAUUUCAGGAAGAGAAUCAGUGAUGAGCAUCAAGCCAGCAGAAUCAUCUCACACAUCAGAAGAGCAAGAAGCCUCCACAUCAUGUGCCACAUACCCGUCUUCUGCUGGAUCUCAUCCACUGUGCUUCAGAAGCUCCUGAAAGAAGAUCUGAGUGCAGAAAUCCCUCAAACUCUGACUGAAAUGUACAUCCACUUCCUGCUGAUUCAGAUCAACAUGAGGAAUCAGAAGUAUGAAGAGAGAGAUCCAGAGAAACUAAUGAAGUCCAACAGAAGAGUGAUUGUGAAACUUGCUGAAGUGGCUUUCAAACAGCUGAUGAAGGGCAAUGUGAUGUUCUAUGAGGAGGACCUGAGAGAGAGCGGCAUAGACGUCACUGACGCCUCAGUGUAUUCUGGGAUUUGCACUGAGAUCUUUAAGGAGGAAUCUGUGAUUCAUCAGAGGAAAGUCUACAGCUUCAUUCAUCUGAGCUUUCAGGAGUUUCUCGCUGCUUUCUAUCUGUUUUAUUCACAUGUGAUCAAGAACAAGAAACCACUGAAUGAGUUCAGAUUGUACAGAUCUAAUAAAGACUCUCUGUAUGAUCUACUAACAUCAGCAGUAGAUAAAGCCCUCUGGAGUAGGAAUGGACAGCUGGAUCUGUUCCUGCGGUUCCUGCUGGGCGUCUCACUGGAGUCCAAUCAGAGACUCUUACAGGAUCUACUGACACAGACAGAGAACAGCUCAGAGACCAUCAGAGGAAUCACACACUACAUUCAACAGAAGAUCAAAGAUGAAUAUGAAGAUGAAUAUGAAGAACAAGAUGAAUUUCUCUCCACUGAAAGAUCCAUCAAUCUGUUCCUCUGUCUGCUGGAAGUCAAAGAUCAUUCUCUGUCCAGAGAGAUUCAGGAGUUUGUGAAAUCAGACAAACACUCAAAGGAGAAACUCUCUCCGUCUCACUGCUCAACAAUCUCCUACAUGAUUCAGAUGUCAGAGGAGCCGCUGGAUGAGCUGAACCUCAUGAAAUACAACACAUCAGCUGAGGGGAGAAGAAGACUGAUACCAGCUGUGAUCAACUGCAGAAAAGCUCCAUUUUCUAGCUGUAAUCUCUCAGAUCAGGAUUGUGAAAUUGUGUCUUCAGCUCUACAAUCCUCAAACUCUGUCCUGAGAGAGCUGGAUCUGAGUAACAAUGACCUACAGGACUCUGGUGUCAGCUUCAUUUCUGAUGGACUGAAGAGUCCAAACUGUCAGCUGCAGAUCCUGAGACUUGCUCUCUGUAAUCUCACUGCUCAGUAUUGUGACGGUUUGUCUUCAGCUCUACAAUCCUCAAACUCUGUCCUGAGAGAGCUGGAUCUGAGUAACAAUGACCUACAGGACUCUGGUGUCAGCUUCAUUUCUGAUGGACUGAAGAGUCCAAACUGUCAGCUGCAGAUCCUGAGACUUGCUGGCUGUAAUCUCUCAGAUCAGCAUUGUGAAAUUGUGUCUUCAGUUCUACAAUCCUCAAACUCUGUCCUGAGAGAGCUGGAUCUGAGUAACAAUGACCUACAGGACUCUGGUGUCAGCUUCAUUUCUGAUGGACUGAAGAGUCCAAACUGUCAGCUGCAGAUCCUGAGGUUGUCUGGCUGUAUGGUGACAGAGGAAGGCUGUGGUUAUGUGUCUUCGGCUCUGAGUUCAAACCCCUCACACCUGAGAGAGCUGGAUCUGAGCUACAAUCACCCAGGACAAUCAGGAGUGCAGCUGCUCAAACACAAACUGGAGGAUCCAAACUAUAAACUGCAGAUACUCAAUGUGGAUCAUGGAGGAGAGGUCAUGAUGACAGCAGGACUACGAAAGUAUGCCUGUGAUCUCACACUGGAUCCAAACACAGCACACACUCGACUCGUUCUGUCUGAUGGUAACAGGAAGGUGACGCGUGUGGAAGAGGAUCAGUCAUAUCCUGAUCAUCCAGAGAGAUUUGAUGAGCUUUUUCAGGUUCUGUGUAGAGAGAGACUGACUGGACGCUGUUACUGGGAGGCUGAAUGGAGCGGAAAUUAUGCUGAAAUAUCAGUGACAUAUGAAGGAAUCAGCAGGAAAGGAGAUAGUGAUGACUGUGUGUUUGGAUCCAAUGACAAAUCCUGGAGUCUGCUCUACUCUGAUAGAGGAUUCACUGUCUGGCACAAUAAGAGAGAAACUGUUAUACCUGCUGUCCGUCUAUCCUCUAAGAGAGCAGGAGUGUAUGUGGACGUGUCGGCCGGCUCUCUGUCCUUCUACAGAGUAUCUGACACACACACACUCACACACUUACACACAUUCAACACCACAUUCACUGAACCCCUCUGUGCUGGAUUUAGGGUUUAUUCCUCAGUGUCUCUGUGUGAUAUUAAAGGAUCGAGAGACACUCUGUAAAUCCUCUUUCUGAUCUUCACACACACUCAUCAAAUCUCACUUCAUCACAUUUGUAUUCAUUAAUUUUUAAUUCAUGUUUUUCAUUGUAAUUUAGAAGUUACACAUCUAAAUCAGACACACACACUGUUCUGAAUCUGUCAUAAACAGAGUAAUAAAGUUGCUUUAAUAUUCAUAUUGUAAAUAGUUCAUCAGAUUGAAUAAAAGCACAUUUGAGACUCAUUUAA